AUGCGGCCAGGAAUGGCACUCGCCCCGGACUGCGGCACCUCCGUGGAGGCCCGCUCGGUGGUCUGCCUGCUGUGCCUGAGCUCCCUGCCCGCCGCCGGCGCGAGGGAGCCCCCCGCCAAGGGCGCGGAGGCCGCCCCGGGCGCAUAUUCGGCGUGCGAGGCGCUGGUGCAAGGCCUGCUCAUCGGGGUUCUGGCCAUCGCGACGGCGGCCCUGAGGGACCGCUGCGGCUCCGCGCUCCGCUCCCUGCGCGCCCGGCCCCGCAGCGCGCCGCAGGACCCGGCGCCGGGCGAGCCGGCGGGCGCCGCGGCGGGGGCGAGUGGCGGGGAGCCGCCGGCGGGAUCCGCCGCCGCGGCGAGCCCCCAGGGCAGAGGCGGCCGCCCCGCCGUGUUCCGGUGCGCGAAGGGAGGCCGCGGCCGAGGCUCCCCAGCGGCCGCGGGCGAGUCGGGCGGCUUCGGCGAGAUGUUGGCGGCCGCGCGCAGCCGUGCCCCAGAAUCGCCAGGCGGGGCUCCAGCGGCCGGCGCCGCGGGGUCCUCGCCGGCGCAGCGCCUGGCGCUGCCCAGGCCCGGGCGAGGCGCGCGGGUGCUGCAGAUGCGCGCCAAGGUGGGCGAGUUCGACUCGCUGCGCUUCGACGAGGUCGACACCACGGAGCAGAUGGGGCUGACCUGUCGCAUGCUGGCCACGCUGAAGUCCUUCGCUCAGGACGUGACCUACUGGGAGGAGGACCGCAAGAUCGACGAGCCCGCCUUCCGCCUGCUCGACCUCGACGAGGUCGCGCAGUUCGCGCUGCUGCGAGCCGCCGAGAGGGCCGAGGCGCUGGUCGAGGAGCGCUGCUGGCGCGAGGCGUACCGAGAGCUGUGCGCGGCGCGCCCCUGGCUGCCCCGGGAGUCUCGCGGCGGCCCCGCCGCGGAGCAGCGCGCGGCCGCGGAGGCCGAGAUGGCCCGGGCCGAGGAGCGGGCCAGGCGGGAGGACGCAGAGCUCGAGGCCCUGCCCCGGAAGGACCCGUGCAGCAGCAGCAGCAGCGCCGCCGACGGGUCCCCAGGAUCCGACAGCGUCGCGAUCAUCGUGCGCCUGCCGGAGGGCGGCACCAGCCGCGUGCUCGGGCAGAAGGCCGCGACGCUCGCGGCGCUCCGGGCGGAGACCGGCGCCCGCGUGUGGCUGGACCAGGCCACGGGCGAGGCCCACGUCUCCGGGCCGGCGGGCGCCGUGGAGGCCGCCCGGCGCGGCAUCAAGUUCCUGCUGACGCCGGUGAAGGGCGGGGAGGCAGAUGGGCCGCUGGCCAGCGCUCCUCCGCCGACCGUGGAGAAGCCGCCGGCCAGCGCUCCGCCGAGCGCGGAGAAGGAGGGCAGCCGCGGCCCGUCGCAUGUUCGGCGGAGGCGGUGA